AUGAGCCAAGACGCCCCAAUCACUGCAUACCCAGCUACUUCCAUAGAGCCUCAAAACCAAGAAGGCGGCCCAGGAACGGAUGCUGCGACUAAGCAAAAGACAGAAUGGACGCGUCUUGAGUUCUGGGAUGAGAACCAAAAGCCUUACCUCAAAGAGUACGAAGGCCGCGGUCUCCUCCAGGGCAAAGCUGCCCUCAUCACCGGCGGCGACUCUGGUAUCGGACGCGCUGUGGCCAUUUUGUUCGCACGAGAAGGUGCGGACGUAAGUAUCGUGUACUUGCCAGAGGAAGAGGAGGACGCGCAGUUCGUGAAAAGCAAGAUCGAGGAAGCAGGCAGGAAGGCAAAUCUGAUGCAAUUUGACUUGAAGAAGAGGGAGAACUGCCAGGCCGCCGUACAAGGCCAUAUGAAUGCAUUCGGCAAGCUCAAUGUACUUGUCAACAAUGCUGCCAUGCAGGAAAUGUGCGAGGACAUCACUGAGAUCGACCUCGACGUCACGGAGAAGACCUUCCAGACUAACGUUGUCUCUAUGUUCGCGAUGACGAAGUACGCUUUGAAGCACAUGAAACGUGGCGACAGCAUCGUCAAUAGCAGUUCUGUCGCAGCGUACAUGAGCAACCCAAGUCUUCUCGACUACGCAUCGACCAAGGGUGCCAUCGCUACCUUUACGCGCGGACUUGCUCAACAGCAGGCGAAGAACGGUAUUCGUGUCAACGCCGUCGCUCCCGGUAUCAUGUAG